GGGGCGGUGUCGACGUGGAGUGACGUAGUUGGCGGGAAACCUGAAGCUGUUUCCUUUUCAUGCUGCGCGGGAGCUGGAAAAGCAGAUGUAUUGUUGUAGACGUAUUUAAUUUGAAAAUCUGUACGUUUUUGAAGCCGGAGCAUGCCUGCUGAGAGGAAGCCGAUGCGCUAUGGACACACGGAAGGGCACACGGAUGUCUGUUUCGAUGACGCUGGGAAGUACAUCGUGACCUGUGGCAGCGAUGGCGAUGUACGCAUCUGGGAGAGCCUGGAUGACGAUGAUCCGAAAUCCAUCAACGUGGGGGAAAAGGCCUAUUCUUUGGCCUUGAAGGAAGGGAAGCUUGUCACAGCCGUUUCCAAUAACACAGUGCAGGUCCACACUUUCCCUGAGGGGGACCCAGAUGGCAUCUUGACCCGGUUUACCACCAACGCCAACCAUGUCGUUUUCAACGGGAGUGGACAGAGAGUGGCCGUCGGGUCCAGUGACUUCUUAGUGAAGGUUGUUGAGGUUUCAGACAGCAGCCAGCAGAAAACUCUGCGAGGACACAAAGCUCCCAUUCUCAGUGUGGCCUUUGACCCAAAGGAUGAGUUUGUGGCGUCUUCGAGUUGUGAUGGGUCUGUAGCUGUCUGGAAAAUAGCAGACCAGAUGCAGGUGGCCUGUUGGCAGGUGUUGCAGAAGUCCAGUGACGUAGUCAACACCACAUCGCUCUGCAGGCUGGCCUGGCAGCCCAGUUCUGGGAAGCUGCUGGCUGUUCCAGUGGGCACAUCAGUCCACUUAUAUGAGAGAGAUUCCUGGAAGAACGUCCACACUCUGACUGACGACUUCAUCACGAAGCCUGUGAAUGUGGUGGCCUGGUCACCUUGUGGGCAGUUCCUGGCAGCAGGCAGCAUAGGUGGCUUUAUGACGGUCUGGAACAUCGAAACCAAGGAAUGCCUGGAGAGGGAAAAGCAUGAGAAAGGCUACACUGUGUGUGGCAUGGCCUGGCACCCUGCUGGGGGGCAGAUCGCCUACACCGACACAGAGGGCUGUCUGGGGCUUUUGGACGGAGUAUCUGCAACAACCGCAAAGAAUUCCAAGGUCACAGCCAGCAAGGAGGCAAGGGACUAUGAUGAUCUGUUUGAUGAGGAUGAUGACGGAUUGCUGGAGGAAGACCUGGGUGAAGUCCGCUCUUCCCCGAAGAAGCCUGUCCCUGAGGAGGAGGAGGACGACGACCUCAUGCCCUCCAUGAGUCGAACCCGAAACCGCGGAGCCUUCCUGGACGAUGAUGAGAACUCUCUAGAUGUGGGGUCUGUGAAGCUGGACAGAGACGGAGAUGGAGAUGACGAUGGAGCCAGUGCUAUUGUCCAUCCCACAGUUCCUGCUGUACCCAGGCCGGUUUACGAGGGACCCCUGCCCACCCCACCACAGAAACCCUUUCAGCCCGGCUCCACGCCAGCACACCUCAUGCACCGCUUCCUGGUCUGGAACUCGGUGGGGAUCGUGCGGGGCUAUAACGACGAAGAGGACAACGCCAUAGACGUGGAGUUUCACGACACCUCCGUGCACCAUGCCAUGCACCUCACCAACGCCCUGGGGCACACCCUGGCCGACUUGUCCCAGGAGGCUGUGCUGCUGGCCUGUGAGGGAACGGAAGAGCUGGCUAGCAAGGUGCAGUGCCUGCACUUCAGCUCCUGGGACACAAACAAGGAGUGGAUGGUGGACCUGCCUAAGGGGGAGGAUGCAAAGGCGCUGUGUCUCGGCCAGGGCUGGGCAGCCACUGCCACCAGUUCCCUGCUGGUGCGGGUCUUCUCCAUCGGAGGUGUGCAGCGGGAGAUCUUCAGCUUGCCAGGCCCGGUGGUCUGCAUGGCCGGACACGGAGAGCAGCUUCUGCUCGUCUAUCACAGAGGGACAGGCUUUGAUGGGGAGCAGGCCCUGGGUGUCCAGCUGUUGCAUUUUGGGAAGAAGAUGAGACAGAUUCUUCAUGGGGAGCCUCUUCCCCUGUCUCACAAAGCCCACCUGUCCUGGCUGGGCUUCUCUGCUGAGGGUACCCCUUGCUUUGUUGAUUCCGAAGGUGUUGUGCGCAUGCUGAACCGCUCCUUGGGGAACACGUGGACCCCAGUCUGUAACACGCGGGAGAACUGCAAGGGUAAAUCCGACCACUACUGGGUGGUUGGCAUCCAUGAGAACCCCCAGCAGCUGAGAUGUAUUCCCUGUAAGGGAGCUCGGUUCCCCCCAACACUGCCUCGCCCUGCUGUGGCUAUCCUGCCCUUCAAGCUGCCCUACUGUCAGACAGCCACAGAGAAGGGCCAGAUGGAGGAGCACUACUGGCGGUCUGUGCUGUUUCACAAUCACUUUGACUUCCUGGCUAGGAGCGGAUAUGAGUUUGAUGAAGCUACGAAGAACCAAGCAGAAAAAGAACAACAGGAGCUGCUUAUGAAGAUGUUUGCUCUUUCCUGUAAGCUGGAGAGGGAAUUUCGCUGUAUGGAGCUGGCAGAGAUGAUGACCCAGAAUGUGGUGACGUUGGCGAUCCGCUACGCCUCUCGCUCCAGACGCAUGGCGCUGGCACAGCGUCUCAAUGACCUGGCUCUGGAGAAGGCCACGGAGGUUGCCAUAGCUACACAGGAAGUGGAGGAACAGGAAGAAGAUUUCGACACUAAAGUGAAUGCUGGUGUUCCUAGAGCAAGAAGCAACAGACAGUAUGCUAAGGAGGAAGAAGAGCAGGAGGAAGUGGAGGAAGAGGAAGGCCCAGACCAGAUGGAGACUGAGGAGACACCAGACACCAGAAAAACUCGGCUGAAUCCCUUCAGCAUAGGGUCCAGUUCAUCUGAGACAGCUUCUCCGCUGCCUUUUCUUGGGGCCAGCAAAGAAGGGCGUGUAAACCCUUUUAAGGUGUCUGGUGGUGGUAGAUCUUCAAGCUUCUCUGCAGCACAGCCACGUGUGACCAGCGUCCUGGACAACAUGACCAGAACCAAUAGGAAAUCCUCCAUGCCAGGCAGUUCUAUAGCCAGACAGGAUAAGUCUCUUGUUCUGAAGCCACUAGUACCCAAACCAAAGUCCAAGACCCAGGCUACACUGUUGCAACUGAGUGCCACUAAACCAGCUCCUAAGAGUCUUGAGAAGGGAAAGGACAGUGCAACUGAGAAGGAGAGCAGUGCUGGAAGAGAGCCUCUGGUCUCUGCUGCAGAAAACACCGAAAACAGAAAGCCUAAGACAGGCUUUCAACUCUGGUUGGAGGAGAACCGCAAAACAAUUGUGGCAGAGAACCCAGACCUAGAAGAGACAGAUGUUAUCAAAGAGGCGAUGGGCCGCUUCAAAGCUUUGUCUGCUGAUGACCGACUGUCCUGGACAGAGAGAGCUAAGGGAGGGAAUUCGGGAGACCUGGCAGAGCUGAAAAAACGAAAGCGGAUGGAAGGGGGGAGCGGAGAGGAGCAGGUCAGGGGAGAGACGGAGUCGAAUGAAAACAGCGCCAAGAAGAAGAAGCCUCUGGAUGCCUCUGCCAAGCUUUCCGCCUUUGCUUUUGACAGGAGCUGAAGUUCCCAAUUAAUGCCUUUAACCUUCAUGACAGGCUAAAGCAGCCACUGCAGCACUGCACCUGAGUGUAUUAAAGUCCCGCCACACUUUGGUCACAACUGGUGAAAUAGUUUUAUUCUAUUCCUGGCUUUUAUAUUUUCAGGGAUCUCUUACUGGAGCUUCUAGAGAAGAAGGAACACCUUAUUUUUUUAGAGAUACUGUAGCACAAUACCUAUUAAUGGCUCUCAGUUCCGCAUGCUCACAAAUGGAGUUGGGAAUGAUCAAAGUUAUACCCAUAAUCCCAGCGUACUGUAGGUGCCUUUUGCCUUCAUUGCAGGUGCAUAAUUAUAAAAAUCGUUUUUGAACAUUUGAAAACUAGGCUGUUGAUUCAAAGCAUUUGUAUCCUUAAAAAAAAUUUUCGGCCCU